AACCUUCUCGUGCAGACUCCAGUCGGGGCUGAUCAGCUGAUCGGUGAAGAUGUACGACCCGGAGAUCCUAGAGGCCACGCGCGCGCUCUGCCGCGCUGGAGGAGCGCUGAAUCUGCGCGUGCUGUACCAGGAGCUGCUGCAGAGAUGUAACACCAACGAAGAAGAAUUCCUCCACAUCAUGAACGGCUGCUCCCGCUUUUUGCUGGUCCCCGGUUCGGCGGGGGACGGCGAAGGGAGGCCGGAGGACUGCACGGUGGUCGCGCGAACUUCACUCCGGCUGUGCAGCGCGUACUACCACGAGCGAUGCGCGGAGGGUGUGGGCUGUCAACAGCUUCACCUGUGCAGGUACUUCAUCUAUGGGAACUGCAGGUUCGACAAGGGCAGGAAGUCGUGUAAAUACUCCCACGACCUCGGCUCUGAUCACAACCAGCAGUUACUGAGAGAGUGCACGCUGCAGGAGCUGCAUGAAGACCACCUGAGGCUGCUGCUGCUGCAGAACGACCCCGAGCUGCUGCCCGAGGUGUGUUCUCACUAUAAUAAAGGCUCAGCUCCCCUCGGUGACUGCUCCUUCCAGGUGAGCUGCACUAAAAUCCACCUGUGUCAGCACUUCGUAAAGGGAGACUGUAUGUUCGGCCUCAGGUGUAAACGUCAGCACACCAUCGACCAACAUGGCCGCCACAUGCUGGAGGACCGAGGUCUGAGCGGGGACUUGAUGGAGGAGCUGCCGUUCAUCUACAGGAACAUGUACAACCUGAAGAACGCUGACACAGAGAAAAAUGUGGAGCCUGUAAAUGAAGGGGGAGAGGAGAUCUGUCUGCACUUCAUAAGGAACAGCUGCAAAUUCAACAACGAGUGCAGCCGUGUUCACUUCCACCUGCCAUACAAGUGGGAGAUAUUUAAUGACAGGACCUGGACAGAGCUGCAGGACAUGGAGGACAUUGAGAGGGACUUCUGUGACCCCUCUAAGAAUCACAGCUGCACCCACCUUCCUGUUGACUUCCUGUCCAUGAGGCGGGGUUCAAAACCUGUUCGCCGUCUCUCAACAAUUUCGUCUGUGCUGAAGCCGCCGCACUACGUCCUGACCACCGAGUGGCUGUGGUACUACAAAGGGGAGCAGGGGAACUGGAUCGAGUACGGACAUCCAGAUGAGAAGCAGCGGACCACAUCAGUGACAUCUCAGACUUUGGAGGUCUCGUUUCAAUCAAACAGAACUGGCGUGAUCGAAGUGGUGAAAGGAAACCGACAGUAUGUUCUCAGCUUCAAAGACAUGUACCAAAGAAACCCCAAACACAACACGAAGAGGAGAGUUUGCCGUCGUCCACGUUUUGUGCCGGUGGUGGAGGUCCAGAGAAAAUGGGGAUAGACUGUCAUCAUGAUACUUUAAAUCAUCAUGCUCAUUAUCCUCUGAGGCUAAUGUUGUUCUAUGGAAAGAGACAAAAUACAUUAAUCAACCUUAACCAUGUAAAUACAUUUGAGUUAUCCAUAAUACUAGUUUUCAUUUGAUAAAUCGAAACAGCGUGAAAAAAAUAACUUUAAAAUGUACAUAAUCUCAAGUCCUGUAUUUACUGUACUUUUAAAUAUAUACAAAUAGAGUCCAACAUAACCUGUUAACAUAAAAAGUUCAAGACAGUCUGGCUGCAGACUGUUUAUUUCUGACAGCCAUUCUUAUAGACCGUUCAUCUGAGGCACUAAAACACACUUCGGUUCGGGAUUACGGUAACGGUAAGGAUGCCGAAAGUAAAAAAUCUGACGAGUAAAACCUUAUUACAAAAUGUUUAAAAGUUCUGCUUACAGGAAAAAACCUCUUUCUUCAUUAAAACGUUCUAACACAGUCAGUGUAGCUUACGUAGCUCUAUUUGUCACACAAGUAAUGUAGAUUUCGUAGCUUACAAAACUACGUAGCUAAAGCGAAGCUCACAAAGCAGGUAUGUAUCUUAAGUUAUCUGCAUAGCUAAAUUAGCUUUAGCCACAUUUGCUUAAGAAAAAGGAACCUAUAAACCUACCUAUAGAAAAAGGAACUAUGUAGCUAACAGAGCUACGUAGCUAACAGAGCUAAAGCUAAGCUCACAAAGCAGCUAAUGUAGCUACAUAGGUACAUUAUCUAUGUUGCUUUUUAGCUUUUGUUACAUUUACUAAAGCUCACAUUGCUUAAGCUAACUUAGCUACAUUGACUUAUGUAGUAGCCUUAAUUACAUAGCUAGCAUAGCUAUGUUAGCUAAAGCCAAUGAAGCCAUUGUUCAUGUAGCUGCUUCUACGGCAGAUCUGUGCAUAAUUCUUAGUCUGUAAUGUUUACUAUGUGGUUAUUUCAUGCAUUAACUGCCAGACUUUGUUUAUGAAUAAUCUAAAACUACAAAUGCACUGUACCGGCAAAUUAUGGCUCUUCCUUCAGAUGAACGGUAUUUUUAUUUUAUUCAUUAAGUUUAUUUGAUAGGGACAAUGCAAAUUACAUAGUGCAACUUCAGCCUGUUGCAAACAAGCUAAAAGCAACUGAUGUUUCACAAAUAGAGAUUAUAACUUUUACUAGAGAGUUGCAGCCAGAAAUGUCCAGUCUGUAGCCAGACCCCUCUCACAGCUAGUCAGCAGUUUCUGUUCUUAAAGGGACAGUACACCCAAGUUAACAAAAGCAUCAGUGUUAAAGUGCAGCAGGAUCAUUUAAACCACAAGCAGUGCCUACUUCGUCCAUUUUAAGAUCUAUCCAAGACAGCAGCCUGCCAGUUCACUGGCAAACCAAGAACAGUUUGUAGAGUCAUUAAUUUUCAACACAUUACAUCCAUAAAGAUCCAUGGUUUGCUGAUGGAUUGCUUCAGAUCUACAAGUAACGUUAACUUUUUGAAGCUUCACUAGUAUACAACUUUGUCUAGGUCCAGCAGUAUUUCUGAUGGGGGGGGGCUAAACCAUUGGUAAAACCAGCAUGUGGUCAUAUGAAAAUCUAUUAAAUUAAAGGAAUCUCAUUACUGAAUGUCGAGACCAAACAGAAGAGCACUUUACUGUAAAACAGACAUUUAUUGUUGCACUCCCUGUCACAGAAAAGCUUUAGUAAGUGACAUUAAACUUUGAAGCCAUUAUUGUUAUAUUUUUUGCUUGUACUGUUCUUAUAUCUGUAUCUUUAAAAAAUGUCCCUUGAGUUUUUGAAUAUGUUCUUUAUUCUGUGUCACAAUGGGGAAAAAAAUAUUUUAUUUAAAAUUUUAAGCCAAAUGGAAAUUUUAUAGAAGAUACAUCCUACUGUUUACAAACUUUAUAAUACAUUUUUUUUAUAUAUGUUCGGAAGUCUUAAGAUUCAUGUUUAUGUUCAUAUUCACUUUAUUUUUCAGCUUAAUGUUUACUUACAAGUUUUAUGAUUUUACACACUGGUCUGUAUCAUUUUUCACAGUUUGUUUUUAAAUACUCACUAUCAUUGUUAAAUCGUAUUUACUGGAACA